AUCGCUUGGGUAGGUGUCCAGGGAAGGCAGCGAGCAGGAUCCCCUACUCCGCGGGCGGCGCGAGGCGUCUGGCUCUUCGCGGCGGCUGCGAGGGGAAAAGAAGCGCGGGGGCUGGGUGGAAUUGAGGAGUGAGGAAAAAGGGAAGGGGCGGGGGAGAGGGACCAGGGAAGGCGUCAGGGGGAAUCUCGCGAGGGUUGGAGUUUUGGCGAGAGUUUGUGGAAGAUGGCGCCUGUUGUGACAGGUCAUUGAAAUUAUGAGACUAUCAUUCAGAUGGAAGCAUUGUAGUUCUUCGGAACCAUUAUGAUCUCAAAAGGAAAGGAGAAUGAUACAGAUACACUGGCUGAGGUGUUUUGAGGUGCAUCGAAGUGUUCCAAGCUGUGACUUACCUUAACAUGUUCUUGAAGUACCAUGGCGUGGAUUAAAAGAAAAUUUGGUGAGCGGCCUCCACCUAAACGACUCACUAGGGAAGCUAUGCGAAAUUACUUAAAAGAGCGAGGGGAUCAAACAGUACUUAUUCUUCAUGCAAAAGUUGCACAGAAGUCAUAUGGAAAUGAAAAAAGGUUUUUUUGCCCUCCUCCUUGUGUGUAUCUUAUGGGCAGUGGAUGGAAGAAAAAAAAAGAACAAAUGGAACGAGAUGGUUGUUCUGAACAAGAGUCUCAACCAUGUGCUUUUAUUGGAAUAGGAAAUAGUGACCAAGAAAUGCAGCAGCUGAACUUGGAAGGAAAGAACUAUUGCACAGCCAAAACAUUGUACAUAUCUGAUUCAGACAAGAGAAAGCACUUCAUGUUGUCUGUAAAGAUGUUCUACGGCAACAGCGAUGACAUCGGUGUGUUCCUCAGCAAGCGGAUAAAAGUCAUUUCCAAACCUUCCAAAAAGAAGCAGUCAUUGAAAAAUGCUGACUUGUGCAUUGCCUCAGGAACAAAGGUUGCUCUGUUUAAUCGACUUCGAUCCCAGACAGUUAGUACCAGAUACUUGCAUGUAGAAGGAGGUAAUUUCCAUGCCAGUUCUCAGCAGUGGGGAGCAUUUUACAUUCAUCUCUUGGAUGAUGAUGAAUCAGAAGGAGAAGAAUUCACAGUUCGCGAUGGCUACAUCCACUACGGACAAACAGUCAAACUUGUGUGUUCUGUUACUGGCAUGGCACUCCCAAGAUUGAUAAUUAGGAAGGUUGAUAAGCAGACCGCUUUACUGGAUGCAGAUGAUCCUGUGUCACAACUCCAUAAAUGUGCAUUUUACCUUAAGGAUACUGAAAGAAUGUACUUGUGCCUUUCUCAAGAAAGAAUAAUCCAGUUUCAGGCCACUCCAUGCCCAAAAGAACCAAAUAAAGAGAUGAUAAAUGAUGGAGCUUCCUGGACAAUCAUUAGUACGGAUAAGGCGGAGUAUACAUUUUAUGAGGGAAUGGGCCCUGUCCUUGCCCCAGUCACCCCUGUGCCUGUCGUAGAAAGUCUUCAGUUGAAUGGCGGUGGGGACGUAGCAAUGCUUGAACUUACAGGACAGAAUUUCACUCCAAAUUUACGAGUGUGGUUUGGGGAUGUAGAAGCUGAAACUAUGUACAGAUGUGGAGAGAGCAUGCUGUGUGUUGUCCCAGACAUUUCUGCAUUCCGAGAAGGCUGGAGAUGGGUCCGACAGCCAGUCCAGGUCCCAGUAACUUUGGUCCGUAACGAUGGGAUCAUUUAUUCCACCAGCCUUACCUUUACCUACACGCCAGAACCAGGGCCACGGCCACACUGCAGUGCCGCGGGAGCCAUCCUUCGAGCCAGUUCAGGCCAAGUGCCCCCUAAUGAAUCAAACACAAACAGCGAGGGAGGUUAUACAAACGUCAGCACAAAUUCAACCAGUGUCACAUCCUCUGCAGCAACAGUGGUGUCCUAACUACCGUCUUUUUGCUAGGACUUAAACUGACUUGAGUGCGGCAAAAUGGUGACAAAAAAAAGAGAGAGAGAAAAAGGAAAAAAAUGAACCAUCUUUUGUGGUUUCUUGGGAAAACUUUUCAUACCAGGUGAUACUGUUCCAAAACCCCAUUACCUACAAGUGCUGAUUGGACAUGCAGAAGCCACAGUAAAACAGACAAGCAAAACAUGGAAAUGUACAAACUAUUGGAAUUCGGUGUUUUUUUCCAGCUGUUCUUUUUGUUUGGUUGGCUUUUGUUUGGUUUUGUUUAAAUGGGCAAGAAAUAGAGAUGUGGCUGGAAUAAAAGUUAAUCAAGCUAGAAGACACAAAUCUAACAUAGUUUUUAUGGACCAAGGAACUUGCAUAAGCUUUAGCAAAAGGUACAUUUUCACCAUACCUUUUUUUUAUAUCACAGUAUCUAGUACACCUUUGUUACCAAAUAGGUUGUUCCCCUCCCCGC